AAAAUAGUAAAACAAUGACAGAAUCAAAGUCAUGCAUUAUAAUCGGAUGUGGUUUGGUGGGUUCCCUAGCCGCUCAUUUUAUGCUUAAACUUGGUUAUGUAGUAACCAUUUAUGAGAAGCGAGAAGAUCCGCGUAUGUCAAAAACCGUCGAAGGUAGAUCAAUCAAUUUGGCGAUGUCCAACCGCGGGCGGAAAUCGCUCAGAUUUGUUGGCAUGGAGGAAGACAUUCUAAAGUUAGCCGUGCCAAUGAAAGGACGCUACAUUCAUUCCAAAUCAAAGAAGUGUGAAUCUAUACUGUAUGAUUCAAUAAACAAUGAGUGUUUAUAUUCAAUAUCUCGCAACCAACUGAAUCUGCAAUUGAUCAAAGCAAUUGAAAACAAUGACAACGUACGCUUGCACUUCCAACACAAACUGAUUCAGGUCUUUCCGGAUGAAGGGACUGUCACAAUCCGCACCGCGGAAAAUGUUCACGUUACGAAUCGCGCCGAUAUAAUAAUAGCAUCCGACGGUGCCUUUAGCGGAGUGCGAAUGGAGAUACAAAAGUCCUGUCUGCUUGAUUACGCGCAGACCUACAUCAAUCACGGUUACGUGGAGCUGACGAUAGCGAAAGAGCACGGUUUGCGUAUGACGCAGAAUCAUUUACACAUUUGGCCCAGAGGAACAUUUAUGAUGAUUGCAUUACCAAAUUUUGAUCAUUCAUGGACUGUCACCUUGUUUAUGCCUUUUAACAUUUUUGAAGCACUUAAAACCAAAGAAGAUUUGAUUGAUUUCUUUAAAGAUACAUUUCCAGACUUUUUUGAUUAUACAACACCAGAAGAUUUAGCUUCUGAUUUCUUUCAGAAGAAACCAAUGCCAUUGGUGUCUGUAAAAUGUUCACCGUUUCAUUUUGGUAGAGUUGUUUUACUUGGCGAUGCAGCACAUGCAAUGGUACCAUUUUAUGGUCAAGGAAUGAAUGCAGGGUUUGAAGACUGUCGAAUUCUCUACGAUGUAUUAUCUCUUUUUGAUGUGGAAGAAGCACUGGAACGUUUCACAAAAUGGCGGCGUGAAGAUGCGCAUGCAAUUUGUGAUCUUGCAAUGUACAACUACCUAGAAAUGCGUAAUUUAGUAUCAACAAGAAGUUACCGCAUCCGAAAGUUCUUCGAUAACAUCGCAUUCAGACUAAUGCCCAAUACUUGGAUCCCUUUGUACAAUUCAGUGUCAUUCACUGACAUGGGCUAUAAAGAGUGUUGUGACAACAGAGCCUGGCAAGAUAAGGCAAGUAAAACACAAACAUAUAUUAAUAGCUCUUCAAAUUUAUGUAUAAAACCAUUUUAUAGAUUAUUCGCAACGUCUUCGUAUCAUUUGCUUUAA